AUGGAGCCCCCGGAGCUGUUCCCGGACCUCCUCUCACUCCCGGGAUUCCAGACCGUGAUAAUCGCCGGGGAGGACGGCAGCGGAGCCGAGGAGCUGCUGGGGCUGACGGUGAACCCCGACCUGGCCUGCGGACCGCCCCGGAGCCCCCGGCCCGCGGACCCCCCGGUGCUGCUGGAGGUGGUUUGUGACCUCAGCCCCCCACUGUGCCCCCCGCUGCCCCCUCUGCCCGGGCCUGUCCAUGUCCCCCUGCCCGCGCUCCGGCUCACCGAGGAGGAGAAGCGGCUGCUGGAGCAGGAGGGGGUGACCCUGCCCGGGGAGCUGCCCCUCACACAGGCCCAGGAGCGGCUCCUGAAGAAGGUGAGGAGGAAGAUCCGGAACAAACAGUCGGCUCAGGACAGCAGGAGGAGGAGGAAGGAGUACCUGGAUGGGCUGGAGAGCAGAGCAGCCGCCUGCUCGGCCCUGAACCAGGAGCUGCGGGAAAAGGUCCGGGAGCUGGAGAAAAGCAAUGGGUCCCUCCUGCAGCAGCUCCGGGCGCUGAUCAAGGAAACGUCCACCAAGGCCGCCCAGACCGGCCCCUGUGUCCUGAUCCUGUUCCUGUCCCUGGGCCUGAUCCUGCUCCCGAGCUCCAGCCCCUUCCAGCGGGAGCAGCGGGACAACCUCGGCCCCACCGCAGUGAUGUCCAGGAACAUCCUGACCCGGCCGGAGCCGGGAGCGGCCGGAGAGCCCCCCAUCCCGGGGUGGGUGGGGGCACGGCCGGCACCAGGAGCGGAGGAUGGAGCCAGGGGGGCGUCUGGGGAGGGGUUUGGCCCCCCCAGCAGGGAUCCAGGCACCAAUUCCUCCAGGCAGGACGUGGGGACAGGGGGACACGGGGACGAGAUGUGACCCGGAGAC